AUGGACCUCUCGAAGACAGACGAGCUUCGCAGACGCCUACAGUGGACUCGUGAUGCAGGAAAGUCGAGGCUGACCAGGUCGCUCAUCAGCGCAGAGCGAAGCCUGUACACGAGCACGCAGCCAACCGGCCGUGGAUACUGCGAGUUCUAUAUGGUACAUAGCGUCCUCAUCAAGGUCGAUGCAGCAGGUGGAAGCGGCGAUGUCGCUCGCUUCAUCCGUCAGGCGUGGAGAUCUCUGUACACUCGCAUCCCCACGCUCUCUGUACUUGCGGAGCUCUCGGACGAAGGUGUCCCUGUAUUCGUCUACCAGAAGGACUUUGAACAGUCUCAAGAGGAGCAGUGGGCCAACGCUACGUUCAAGGUACAUACAGCCGAAGUGCAGAGCAUCUCGCCGGAAUGCCUCUUGCAAGAAGCCACGGCGCAAGUCUGCCAGUCAGCCUGCCCAUUCAAUGAUCAAGGUCACGCUUUCCUCGAUGCGACCAUACUAGAGAGCGACGUUACAAAAGAUCCAACCUCGACAGUCACUGUCGCUCUGACGCUUCGUACGUCUCACCUCUGCUUCGACGGAACGGGCGUGUGGCAUGUGAUGCAUGCGCUACUGGGAGCUAUGGCGUCCGGUGCAGCAAGCAGGCGGAGCAAAGAAACACCGGAGCCAUCCUUCCUGACUUAUCUCAACUCUGAUAUCAUCGAAGCAGAUCACUCUGAGUUGGCGCAGCAGCAGAUCGAAGCAAUGAACUUUCCUAAUGGACACCUCUUUGGCCCCGCCUCGAUGGAGGAUGCGGAGAUGAGUCCUUCCAUGGGCAUGUCAAAGCAGCGACUGUCAACGGAAGCAACUGCCAGCGCUUUGCUACGGUGUAGGCAGCUCGGCGUGACCGUCUCCCAACUCCUGCAAGCUUGCUUCCUUGUUGCCAUGCUGGAGGUAUAUCCAGCAGUGGAGACUAGCCAGAUCUACUACGACUUUCCCAUCAACCUUCGCGAUCUCAUUCCGCUACCAAAAUCCUUCUAUGGCAAUGCCAUUGAUGUAACCUUCAACGUCCUGCCCUGCAAGCCGCUCACCGACAAUGUUCGCAAAGGCAGGCUUUCCACGUCAGAGGAUGCCAUCGCAGUCCAUCGCUUGGCGCAAGCGCUCACUUCCAUUGUGAUAGCACACAGAGGCAACGCCGUGGUAGAGACAUUCUCCUUGAUGACAGCAUUCGAGGCGCUCAUGAAGCAAGCAACUACAUCCCAGGAGGAUAAGGCGCCAUCUAGUGUGCGUGCACCCCCCAUAGUCUGUACUGCUGAUGGCCUCUUAGACCGCCACAUCGCAACAUUGUAUCGCGGUGACAGCCUCGACGUCCAAGUGUUAGACGCGGACGUGAUGCUGCGACGCACUCUUUCCCUGAUCAGCGGACGUACCUAUUCAUUCGACGGUCGUCUGACGUUUCUUCUGACAUUCACGCCGGGCAUAUGGCCUCAAACGAAGGUGGACAAGAUCCUGGCUACCUCAAUUCGGAAUCUCGAUUUCAUCCUGGCCUCGGACAUAGGUGACGUGGUCCAAACAAGCUAG